CUAAUCUCUAUAUAAAUGUUCACAAAAACGUAGCUAGCUAAGAUAUUAAUUAGUUGAAGAGGUCAUAUCAAUAUAUCAUGGCAAACUCUAGCUUUGUUAUUACUUCACUCUUUAUACUUUCAAGUAUAAGCAGCCUUGUAAUUCAAACUAAAGCUUACCGCCAUUAUCCUCAGCCUGAUGCGAGAGCAAGCUUAUUUAUUUUUGGUGAUUCGCUUUUUGAUGCUGGAAAUAAUAACUACAUCAAAACUAUAGGCCAGGCCAAUUAUUAUCCUUACGGUGAAACUUUCUUCAAGUAUCCAAGUGGUAGAUUUUGUAAUGGUAGACUCAUCUCAGAUUUUAUUGCUGAAUAUGCUAAGUUACCUUUCAUUCAACCAUAUUUGUACCCUGGAAACCAUGAUUAUAGAAAUGGGGCCAACUUUGCCUCAGCAGGAUCUGGUGCUUUGUUUGAGACUGGAAGAGGAAUACUUGUGAUAGAUCUUAAUACUCAACUUGAAUAUUUCAAGAAUGUUAGCAAUGAGCUGAGGAAGCAAAUAGGGGAUGCAGAUGCAAAAGCCUUGCUUUCAAGAGCUGUUUAUAUCUUCAGUGUUGGGAGCAACGAUUACUCAUUCCCUUUUCUUAGAAACGUCACCGUUCCUAACACCCAACAGUUUGUGGGGAUGGUCAUAGGCAACUUAACUGAAGUGAUUAAGGAAAUUUACAACAUUGGAGGAAGGAAAAUGGGAUUUUUGAACUUGGAUCAUUUUGGGUGCGCUCCAUACGGUAGAGUGCUUCAAGGGGAAGAUGAUGGGGCCUGCUUCGAUAAAUUCAUACCCUUUAUAAAAUCACACAACACACAACUUUCCAUAGUGCUAAAAAAGCUGCAAACAAAGCUCAAAGGAUUCAAAUACUCAUUUGUUGACCAGUACACAUUCACGGAAGAAAGAUUAAAUCACCCUUCAAAAUACGGUUUUAAAGAAGAGAAAGUGGCAUGUUGUGGAAGUGGUCCGUACAGAGGACGUCCUAGUUGUGGAGGUAGGAGAGGAGAGAAAGAGUAUGAACUGUGUGAAAAUGUGAACGACCAUGUCUUCUUUGACUUUGGUCAUUCAACAGAGAGAUUCAACGAACAAUUUGCCACAGAAGCGUGGAAUGGAAAGCUUAAUAAUGGGUCAGGGUCUUAUAGUCUCAAACAAUUAUUUGAGUAGGAGUGGAGACCUUCCUUAAUUUCAUUUGUGUGUCGUUUUGUACUUGUAUUUUUUAUUUCCUUUUUUUUCGCUAGUUGAUGUUCACCUUAAUUGGUUGCUUGCUUGGGUUCACAUUCUAAUACUAUUUUUCAUUUUUAAAUUAUAAUAUUAUGCGUAAAUUAAUAAAUUUAAAAAUAGAAACCAGUUUACGAUAAUUUGUCUGAACAUUUAUAAAGGGAAAUUUGAUUUUCUAUGCUUAGAAAAUCAAAAAAUUUGAUUUUUAAACCAAUAAUUAAAACCCUAAAAAAACUAUACCUUUUUUUUCAAAACCCCAAAAAUACCCCCAAACUAAAACUAUCUCUCUUUCUCUCUCUAUCUAGCCGGUCACAAUAAUCCCACACCCCAGGUCCGAUGGUCGGACCAUGGGGUCCGAUGGGGUCCGACCAAUCGGACCCCA